CAAGGGUUUGGGGCGGGGAGGAGGGAGUUGGAGGGGAGGGGCAUUUAACAAGCAGGCCUCCUCUUUCCCCGUGGUGACGUACAAGACACAUUUCAAUGACCGGGUAUCCCCAAGAUCAUCCUAGCAUACCCGUCCGUAAUGGCUUCACAGUCCCGCGGCUCCACGGUGCCGACCCAACCCUUCAGCAACCCAGACGAGUUUCAGCGACGUGUGGAAGAGCACCUCGCCGAAAGACGGGCUGCCGUCGCUGAGGCCGCGCUCAUUUCUGCGGUGCCUCCAACCUCGGAUGCUUUGGCCGCCACGACACCUACCGAUCUCGAGAUUGACGAUGUGGCCCGCGCAUUCCGAAGCGCGUCUCUCGCCUCGCUCCCCGACGCACGCUUCGUCCUCGCCACAGCCACGUCUUUAGAAGGCGACGACGAUAAGCCCGCCGUAGUGCGCUUCCCGCAUAACGUUGGCACCUGGGACGUGGUCGGUGUCGUACAGCGCACCCACGACGUCGACUUUACCAUUUGCAUUAAGUUUUACGACCUUCCGGUCCCGGGCCCGAUUCGCUGGGGCAGAUGUAUCGCUUCCAACCUCCAUUGCAGAAUAUAUUACAACCCGGCCAACGACGAUUGUGUGCUGCAAAACCUUUCAAAGGCGGUGGCUUUCACUUUCGAAUCUGCAACGCCGCAAUACUGCGCGCUCUUGGAGCCCUUCGAUACCUUCGUAAUAGCACCGGGUUUGUGGAGGAUAUCGAUCGGGGGCGACGGCUGCAGGGGCCAACACCUUAUCGAUUUCCUGAUGCUACGCAGAAGCUUUACGGUGUUUUUGCACAAGCUUACAACGUUAGCGGGAACUUCCAACAAACGACCGAGCGGCCCCGACAACAGCCGCGAGCAGGAAAUGGUUUCUAAGCGACGACGUGCAGAUGACGGCGACGUCCUGGAGACCAUUAUCGCCCCGCUCGGGACGCCAGUGUCCGAUGUGAUGGCCCUUGGCUCUGCCCCCAAAGCUGUCGACGUGAGCAACUCGUCAGACUCUACCACCAUCUACACCCCAAAGCCGAUUCAAACCCGUGGGACGCCGCUUCUCGACCUCGAGGGUCAAGACUUUGCAAUCGUGCGUACCAAUCAAUUUGGAACAACCGCCCGAGGCAAGCCGGACAGCAACAGCAGUGUGAAGGACCCUGAUCUCUUAGUGCUUUCGGCACCUUAGCCCACGGACACGGUUAGCUACCGUCUGGGUCGCCUCCAGUAUAUCGCAAGCACGGCAACCGCUAACGUAUUCGUC